CCAGCGCGAAGGGUGGCGUUGUUGUUAUCGUCAAUGCCACCUUUCGCGUUGUGGAUUUUACAGCAUUAUCGCUGCAGCUUUGCUCCACUAGACACACAAGCGAAUGUGGGCGGGAACGGGUAUCGACCUGUUUUGGGCCUUCUGCUUCGGCCAAUGGGAAGCACUGAUUCCAUGCCGAGUCCCUAGACUGAUGGCUGGCGGAGUUUCCCUGUCAGCAGACUAUCAGAAAAGAAGCAAGAGGGGGGCCCAAGAUGGUCUCAAAAUAUAAGAGCGUGACGGAAACUAAAAGAUAGGGGUCAUAACAUGGAAACAGGAAGGAGAAGGAGAUUUUAGGCAGAGACAAGAACGAAGUGCCUCAGGUGCUCCGCUGCAGCUUAUGGGGGGGGGGGGGAAUAAAGGCGCCGGCGUGGAUUAUGGGACUUGUAGUUUCACUAGGCUUUCACUCGGAAGAUGGCGAGCUACUCCAGCUGCUCAGACGCAAAAGCGGCUUCCCUCGGCGCAUGCGCACUACGUCUGUGAGCGCACGCCGCUUGGGGGCGGGAUUUGUCCGUGUCUUCGCGCCUUCUCCUGGUGGCGGGAAAAGUAGCUCGAGGUGGAAGGGAUGUGCGGAAUGGCUGCGAUAGCGUUAGCUGCGCUUCAUCUUUAGGUCCUCGUCUCCCCAGAAGGCAAAGAAAGUGUAGUUUCUGAACUGAUGGCUGCAUUACAGAGUCACAGAGAAUAUGAAAAGGGAACAAAGAAAACCUUUGCCCCACCUACACAAAAAUCACAUAUUGAGAAACCUCGGCCCAACUCAUGGAAGGAGGACACCCCAGGGACCAGUUCUCUAGAGGCAGAGACCAAACCAAGCCUGCUCAAAGCCAGCCUGAAGAAGAAGCAGAAGGCAACCACAGAGCAUGGUCCAAGCAGGGGCCAGGAGAAAAAGCAAAAGGCUCAUGACCAGCCAGCUGAGAAGAAAGGAAAGGAAAAAACUCUUACCAGUGCAGAAUUUGAGGAGAUUUUCCAGAUUGUACUACAGAAGUCCUUGCAGGAGUGCUUGGAGACUUCCUGUAUCCAACGCAUAAGACCUACCAAAUCAGACAAAGAACCGGGCAUUGCUCCUUCUGCCACUGAUAAGGAAAAUGCUGAUCCAGAGAAGGUAAUAACUCCUGACACUCCAGAUAUUGCAUCUUCUGUAGAAGAGGGAGUGAAUUCUGAGAUGGGCACAUCUAGUUUAUGCCAGCCAGGUACUGAACCUUCUAAGAAGAAAUGGGAUAGACGCUCUUUAAGCAAACAAAAGAAGAAAGCUGAAGAUGAGAAAAUGGAGAAAAUCCAAGAUGAACGUGAGUGCACUCUGAAAGAGAAGCAGAAGAUAAUGAUUCGGGAUCAGAAAGAAGAGGAAGGUAGUUUUGGCCACUGUGUCAUCUGGGUCCAGUGUUCCUCUCCAAAGUGUGAGAAGUGGAGGCAGCUCCGUGGGGACAUUGAUCCCUCCGUUCUUCCAGAUGACUGGUCUUGUGACCAGAAUCCAGACCUGAAUUAUAACCGCUGUGAUAUUCCUGAGGAGAGCUGGACAGGGUGUGAGAGCGAUGUGGCCUAUGCCUCCUACGUUCCAGGAUCCAUUGUCUGGGCCAAGCAGUACGGUUACCCAUGGUGGCCAGGCAUGAUAGAAUGUGAUCCUGACCUGGGGGAGUACUUUCUGUUUGCAUCUCAUCUUGAUUCCCUGCCGUCUAAGUACCAUGUGACAUUUUUCGGAGAAGCGGUUUCUCGUGCGUGGAUCCCAGUCCGUAUGCUGAAGAAUUUCCAGGAGCUGUCUUUGGAGCUAGCUAGACUGAAAAAAUGCAAGAACAAGGACUCUACCCAGAAGCUGGAGGCAGCCAUAUCGAUGGCACACAGGGCAGAACAGAUCAAUAUCCAGGAGCGGGUUAACUUGUUUGGUUUCUGGAGUCGAUACAAUGGAGCAGACAUCGGGGAAGGAAAAGAUUGGAUGCUCUGUGAGUCCAACAGCCCUGAGUCUUGUCUGGAGAAGGAGGAGAAGAACUCCGAGGAGGAGAAGGAGGAGGAAGGAGGGAAGAAGGACCCAACUUUGCCUAGACCCAAGCCAGCUAAAAUACAGAGAAAAAGACCCAAGUCAAGAGGCCCAGUAGGAGGACAAGAUGGGACUCCAAAGAAGAAGACUGUGAAGAAAUCUCUGGUCAGUGAAUCCACAGUCCCUCCUGGACCUACACUGAGAGGAAAGGAAGAACAGGGGAAUUCAGACCUGGACCACCCAGGCCCUAAGAAAAAAUUUAAAGCUCCUGAAAACAAGGCUUCAGUCAACAACUUAUCUGAGGAGAAAGAAAUUAAAAUUGUGUCCAAGUGCCCUGCCCCACCAGCUCAGCAUGGGGUUUAUACAUUGGGAAAGGAUGGGCUUGAGCCCCAGGUGCCCCUGACACAGGGUGCAACAAGUUUCCCUCCUGACGAUGAUGGUUCCAGUGACCUGGACUUGGAACAACUCAUGGAAGACAUUGGAGAGCCAGAAGAGAGAGGGGAGAUGCAGCAGAGGGGCAGCUCGGAGGAGUUUCUGGCAGCCCUCUUUGAGGAAUAGAGUAUUGUGGUCCCCCUGCUGUUGUCUGCUGCAGGGAGAGCAUCUCCGUCCUCCUGGUCAGCUGUUAAAUGUUGGUGUUGUUGACCUGCUCCACAGUUCAAAUCAGAGCUGUGCGGCCUGUAUUAAUAAAGCAGGUCUCUGAGAUUA